CCCCCCCCCUCCUUUUGCAUGAAGUAGGAUCCUUGAGCUGUUGCAGAGGCAGCCAACUGCUCCAUAUUUGGCUUCUAUUACACAUUUACAUACUGGAGAGAGAGAGAGCGGGGAGAGGGAGCGAGCGAGCUCCGUACCGCAGACAUCAUUUCUACUACAGUGGUGGAGACAUCCCGGACCUGUGUCACUGCAGGGGGAAGGAAAAAAAAACCCGAAACAAACAAACAAACAAACAAAAACCAAGCAGCCCCCGGCCCUGUGAGCAGCUAGGAGGACAUUUGUGUGCGAGUCUCUCUCUGACCCCCCCCCCGCCAACCCCACCUCCACUGACACUUUACAUCACGUUGCAGGCCAAACCAGAUGGGCAAGCAAUACAAGCUGUGAAUUUAGUCUAGAUCCCUGUAGGACAGUGACCACCUCCAUUUUUACCGUCACCGUACAGAUAUGCACUGUCAAUAAGUGAAAAGGUCAAGAAAAGCAGUAGCUCAGUGGCUGAAAUUUUCAGGCGUGCUUUACAGCAGGGAAAGUGGGGAAACCUCUUAUAGUGUGGUCUUAUUCAAUCCUGGAGCACAAGGAAAGAGUUUUAAUAUAAAACAUCAGAAAAAAACAUGCUGCAGCAUCUUGUGUGAGAGAGAGAGGGGAGAAAAAGGAGACUCACAAUUACAUCUUGAAACGCUCAUAUGAUUUGAGAUAUAUCUUGCUAUAUUUGAAAGAGGAAAGCCAGUGAGGACCUGUGAACAAUCUGGCAGCUUCUGAAAAAUCUUCAUGCUAAAGGAUAAUCCAGAACUUCUCGAAGAAGAACCUAGUGAAUGUUGCUGCCCUCUUCAAAUGUGUUGUGGAACCUAUUGGAAAACACCUGUCAAGUUCAACUGAAAUGUCUAAGUGGCCUGAUCUACAACAUCUGCUGUCACGUCAGUAAAAGAACUCAUUCAGUAUAUUAAGUCGGAAAUAAAUAAAAUGAAAAUAAAUCACAUGAACUGGAAGUUGUUGGCAAUGGCCUUCACAUGCAGAAAUGUUCUCUCAAGCCAUCUGUUUCAACCCAGAUUUGAUUUCUUUUCUACACUAAUCCAGAGAAGCUGUCGGAGGAUCGUGCUCACGGGGAGAUGAUUCCUCAUGAAGUCACUGGAUCCCUUUCAGAAAUCAAAUGUGACUUUCCAUUUAUCAGACUGAAAUCAGAACCAGCCAGACAGUGAAGCAAGCACAGUGGAGGGGGGACGGCGAAAGAUGAAAUCCAACCAAGAGCGGAGUAAUGAAUGCCUGCCACCUAAAAAGCGGGAGAUCCCUGCCACCAGCCUGCCUUCGGAGGUGAAGCCGGUCCUGCCAAAUGAGAACCACCGUGCGGAUAACUUAGCAUGGCUCCCCAGCACACACAGCAGCCAAAGCAGCCUGGGGGGAAGGCACAGGCCCGGAGGGACUUCGGUGGAGAUGGGUUUACAGCAAGGUUUACACAAGUCACUGUCUACAGGAAUGGACUAUUCCCCACCGAGCGCACCCAGGUCCGUUCCAGCCUCCACAACCCUUCCCACGGUGUACUCGCCCGCGCUCUCCCAGUCAGGGACUCCUGUAUCCCCCGUGCAGUACACACACCUGCAGCACACUUUCCAGUUCGUUGGGCCCCAGUACAGUGGACCAUAUGCCGGAUUCAUCCCCUCGCAGUUGAUUUCCCCAACAGCCAAUUCUGCAACCGGUGCUGUGGCGGCGGCCACAGCUGUUGCAACCACUCCAUCGCAGCGCUCCCAGCUGGAGGCUUAUUCCACUUUGCUGGCCAGCAUGAGCGGCCUAAGCCAGCAGGGGCACAAAGUUGAGCCGCACCUGGUUAGGACACCUGGACUGAUCGCUGCAGGGUCUCCUCCACCCACCCAGCAAAACCAGUACGUCCACAUUUCCAGCUCUCCCCAGAGUGCUGUCAGAAAUGUCUCUCCUCCAACCAUCCCGGUCCCUCUGCAUCCCCAUCAGACAGUGAUACCACACACGCUCACCCUCGGCCCUUCCUCCCAAGUGGUGGUACAGUACACCGACUCUGGGGGCCACUUCGUCACACGGGAUCCCACCAAGAAGCCCGAGAGCAGCCGGCUGCAGGCCAUGCAGGCCAAGGAGGUACUGAACGGAGAGAUAGAGAAGAGCCGGCGGUAUGGUAUUUCACCUUCCGCCGACAUGGGUCUAGUCAAAGCAGGCAAUAAACCAGCUCCCCAUCAUUAUGAGACCAGGCAUGUAGUGGUCCACUCGAGCCCUGCCGAGUACAGCACACGGGAUUCCUCAGGUGUCCGAGCCUCUGUCAUGGUGGUACCCAACAGCAACACACCUACCGCAGAUAUGGAGGUACAGCAGGCCACCAACCGAGAGACCUCUCCCUCAACCCUCAACGACAAGGGAAGCUUGCAUUUAGGAAAGCCAGCCCACCGGUCCUAUGCUUUAUCUCCACAACAGACUAUGGGCCAUGAGGGGGUGAAAGCAGUUGCCACACUGUCCCCUCACACUGUCAUUCAGACAACUCACAGCGCCUCCGAGCAACUCCCUGUCGGGCUGCCUGCUACGGCCUUCUAUGCUGGGACCCAGCCACCGGUAAUCGGCUACUUGAGCAGUCAGCAGCAAGCAAUUGGAUAUCCUGGAAAUCUGCCACAGCACCUGGUGAUCCCUGGCACGCAACCUCUGCUUAUACCAGUUGGCAAUGCAGAUGUCGAACCAUCAGGAGUAGCACCUGCAAUAGUCACUUCAUCUCCCCAGUUUGCAGCAGUGCCUCAUACGUUUGUCACUACCACCAUUCCCAAGAGUGAGAAUUUCAGUGCUGAGUCCCUCACAACCCAGCCCGCCUACCAGGCAACCAUGGUGCAGGCCCAAAUCCACCUCCCUGUGGUGCAAUCCAUUGCUUCUCCUGCCACGGCUCCUCCCACGCUGCCUCCUUACUUCAUGAAGGGGUCGAUCAUUCAGUUGGCCAAUGGGGAACUGAAGAAAGUAGAGGACUUAAAAACAGAAGACUUUAUACAGAGUGCGGAAAUUAGCAAUGACCUGAAAAUAGACUCCAGCACUGUGGAGAGGAUUGAAGACAGCCAUAACCCAGGCAUUGCUGUGAUACAGUUUGCAGUUGGAGAGCAUCGAGCACAGGUCAGCGUGGAGGUCUUGGUAGAAUACCCUUUUUUUGUAUUUGGACAAGGCUGGUCAUCCUGCUGCCCGGAGAGAACCAGCCAGCUCUUUGAUUUGCCAUGUUCAAAACUCUCGGUGGGGGAUGUCUGCAUAUCGCUUACGCUCAAGAACCUGAAGAAUGGCUCUAUUAAAAAGGGCCAGCCCAUGGAUUCAGCUAGUAUCUUGCUGAAGCAUUCAAAGAAUGACAGUCUAGCUGGAAGUAGACACAGGUAUGCGGAGCAGGAAAAUGGGAUUAAUCAGGGAAGUGCACAGAUGUUAGCUGAGAACGGUGAACUGAAGUUUCCGGACAAAAUAGGAUUGCCUGCAGCACCUUUGCUCACCAAAACAGAACCCAGCAAGCCCCCGGCAACGCGGAAGAGGAGGUGGUCAGCCCCUGAAACACGAAAACUAGAGAAAUCAGAAGAGGAACCACCUUUGACUCUUCCCAAGCCUUCUUUUAUUCCUCAGGAGGUUAAGAUUUGCAUUGAAGGUCGAUCCAAUGUAGGAAAGUAAAAGUUGUUUGAGGAAAGGAAAUUAGGCUAUCCCUUGUCAUUUUUAUCCAGAUUACUGUACUGUAGACUAAAUAACCCAGUAUUUACAUGUUAUCAUCUUAUUUUAGGUUUAUGUUAUAACCUUGUUGUUAUAGUUGCAGCUGGUAUUAUGCAGGAGACUGGUGCAUAUGUUUUUCCACAAGUGUUUGUCAGUGACUAGGUUUCUUGAGAGCUACAGAAGGGGCAGUAUCUGCUUCACGCACCCUUAGUGGAAAUGAAUGUGUUGUCGUGGCUCCUGUUUUCUAACACCUCGAGUAGAACAGGGUCCAGCUGUGAUUUUGUUUUCUUCGAUUUUUCUUGUUGGGGUUUUUUCGUUUGUUUGGUUUGGUUUUGGUUCCUGUUGUAGUUUUUCGGGGAGGUGAGGAGAAGGGAACUGUAGCAGAGGUGUCCGUCAUGCGUGUGUGGUGUGUGUGUCAGUCCCGAGGCGGGAUUGCGACUCUGUGGCAGGCUUGUGAAGAGAGUCUCUCACCCCAGGUGAAUGCUGAGAACACAACCCACAGAUGUUAUCAAAAAGGAUCAGACAGUCUCUGACAUUUUCAUGAUAAACCAACUAUUACUCAAGGCUCUACAGUAGAUAUAUAUAUAUAUAUAUAUAUAUAUAUGUAUGUGUGUGUAUAUAUAUAUAUAUAUAUAUUUGUGUGUGUGUAUAUGUGUAUAUAUAUAUUUUCCCCCCAUGGGGUCUGACUGCACUGAUUUUUAUUCAUAAAGCAACCGCCACACCAACAUUUCCUUUCUGCUUGCUAGUGCAGUUCCAUUGCUGGGAGUUGAUAUACGGGAAGGUUGUACUCUUGCAUCAUUCACCCUGCGAGUUUUCCUUACUGGCAUUGUGGGUGCGUGCGUGUGCGUGUGUGCGUGUGCAUGCAAGGAGGCCUCAAGUUCUGUGGAUUUGCCUGGCUCAGGCAAAUUUUCUGUGCAGUGUUAGACAAACGGAUCGGGUUAUGCCAUUGACAUUUGCUUCCACAAGGUAGACGCAUACUGCCCCUUUGAGAUCACAGGCAUAAAUUGUUUGCAGUUAGGUUGCAAAUCUUUGUCUUUAACUCUAGUACUGUUUUGAGUUCAUGACAACUGGUGCCACUUUUUUCAAAUUUUGGUGUGACACGAGGAAUCCGAUGUUGAAGAUGAACAUAGAAUGUCUUUAAGCACUUAAAAUGCUGUUCACACUUUAUUGCUGAGCAUCCUGGUCUAACACUCAGUGCGUACUGUAUCUCACUUUAAUGUGCUCGGAAAACAACAACAACAACAACAAACAAACAAAUCUCUUCAACACUGUAACUACAUGCAACUGUGUAGAGUUUUCUCCCAGGCAAGAUGCUGAAAGUUUUAAUGUGGUUUCAAAGGGAUGAAUGUGAAUUAUUGAACUAGUAUGUGACAGUCAUUGUCCACAAAGGACUACUUAAUAGGAGGCACUUUUUAAACUUUAAUGCUUGAGAAAGAGUUAAAGGCAUAUGCGAGCUGACAGAUAAUAAAAGAAUAAGAGAAAGGAAAAAGGAAAGAGAAAAAAAAUCAUUGUCCAGUGUUUUUGAAAAAGAUGGACUUUAAAGAAUCUUGCAAUUUGCACAUCUUGAGUUUAUCAUUUGUGUGGUAUUCCUGCAGUUUUUACCUAAUAAUGUUGGGGGCUGGGUGUUGGGGCGGGGGGACGGGGACUGAAAGAGCAUAAACAAAUGUAGCAAUUACUCACUAACCUGCCUAUGCUCUAGGCCAUUUCAUAGGGUUAUGUUCCUUUCAAAGUUCGUUUUUGGUCUUUCUACCAUAUCUGCCACACAGAACCAGGUCCUAGCGGGACAGCUCUGAGAAUUUUUUCUUCAGACUUACUGAGAGAGUUUUCCACAAGAAACAUUUCUGUACAAGGUGUUUGUUUGUUUUCAAAACAAACCUAUUGUUAUUUUAUUAUUAUUAUUAUUUGUUAUUUUAAUUGCAUUUGUUUUCCAUUUGAAAGACUAGAUUUCGGAGUUUGGUACAAAGCAGGAGGGGAGGAUUCAGGCCGUUCAGUCUUCUGUUUCCCCAAAAUCUGGAAGGUAGGGCCGGAUCCUUGGAGGUGCUGUGCACCGUGCCUCCAGUCAAAGUCAUGGGGAGGCACAAGUAUUCAAAGUACUGCAGGUCUGAGCUAAAGCCUGUUGCUGCCAAGAGAAAGAUCUCAUUGCUUUCGGUGGGAUUUAGCUUGGGCCCUCCAUGAUCUAGUGUUCGUCUUGCUAUUUUUGGCUAGUGAGUUCACAUCCUUCAGGUAGUUUUGAAGAAACUGUACUAACAGGGAGAAAAGGAAAUAAAAGUUCCUAAUUAGAAAUACAGAACCUAAAAUGAAAAAAAUUAUUUAAAAUCUUGUUUUCUCUCUCCCCUAAAAUACAGAGCUUUUAUUUAAGAAAAGAAAUGUUAACCCCAAACCCCAGCUUUGUUACUUGAAAUUUAGCUCACACCAGAACUAAUUGUUUUCAUACCAUAUUCUGGGGUGCACCAAAAAGUUUAAAUAAGUUUAAAAUAGCUUGAAACUUUUCUUGAAUUUCCUUGAAUUUUAUUAACCUCUCAGCAGGCUAUAGAGCUGAGUGGGUUUCUUCUCACAGUCACACUGCUUAUUUAGUGCUUAUUUGUUAAUAUUUCUGCUCAGAGAAGUUGCUUAAUCUUCCAUAUACUCUGCUCAGGGCACUUGCAGUUUAUUGUUUUGUUUUGUCUUCUGUUUUGUUUUUAAGCUUUGAUGGUAAAGGAAUAGAAAGAAUUACAGAUCUUAGUUCACAUUCGUACCACUAUUUUCGUAAUUCACACAUACUCAGAAAAAUCUCAAAUAAAACCAUACACAUGCACAUUUGUGGUUAAUAAGGAAGCAGGGGCUAUUAAACUGACUGGAUCUAUUCAACUAACACUAAAAAAAAAAUAAAAAAUAAUAAUAAUAAAAAAAUAAGUUUGGAGCAAUAGGAAUGUAUUAGUUCUGUGCUUGUAUUUCAGAUUGAGGAAUUCUGAAAUAACUGGUUCUUUCCAGACAAUUGUCCCUUUUCAUGCUUUGGCUUUUGUAGGAUGUGCAAUACUUUACGUGCCAACGUAGACUCACCCACGUGGUGUUAGCUAGAUCUCAUACCCACUUCUGAUUUCCCCUUUUUGUUUUCCUUCAAUAGUUUCUCUCUUUGCCUUUUGUUUUUCUAUUAAUACCCCUCCCUUGUUGUCUCCCCACCCCCUAAAUAAAAGAUAUUACAGGCCGGGCAUACCUUGACCUGGGAAACGCCAACCCUUUCAUGCUCCACAAGCAUGGCGUGUGAAUUAAGGGCCUGGUUUGGCCCUGUUUAUUUGAAAUGGAUGUCCCUGGCCUCCACAGUGUAAAAGAAAAAAAAGAUCCAGGAAGAAAAAAAAAGCUUAAUCAAAGUCUCCCCAGACACCCACCAUCACCAAGAGAAGAGUUUGACAGUUCGGUCUUUUUUAAUUGGGAGGGGAUUUUGCAAACACGAGACCCUGGUCUAGAGCAGCUCGUUCCCGUGGGCGGGCGGCGAUCUCUUGCACGAACGACAGCAGCCUUUGCCGCAUCGUGACUAGCACGUUGUAUUUGCUCUGUGCCUGUGACUGUUAUUUUCUCGGGGUAUUUGCGAGCAGGGCAACGCUUCCCAGCUGGACGCGGGCUUUCCCUGGCCAUGAGCCGUCACCAUCGCGGGAGCUGCGUCCCCUGCGAGCUCAGCCGCCGGGCACACGCUGAAAUAGCAGUCGCAGGUGCAGCGGCACUGAGGCAAAGCUGGCACGAGAGGUUUAGCUGCCUGCCACUGUACGGCGUCCACUUUGCAAUAUUAACUGACAAUAGUUUUUUUUCUUUUGUCUUUUUUUUUUCUUUUUUGUACCAGGCCUGUUUAGUUUACAAUGAAAUGCAUACAAUCACCAAGAAAUUAGUCAGGGCAAAGAAAAUAAAACAAGAACCUCUUUAUAGGGAUUUCUAAAAAUAUCUGUCUAUCUAUCUAUCUAUCUAUCUAUCUAUCUAUAUAUCUAUAUAUAUAAAAUGACUGUUCCUUAUAGUGUUUAACUUAGGCAUUGUUUCAGUUUGUCUGGGCCACAUCAUGGGGAAUUUGAGUUUGAUGUCACUUACCUCAAGUCCUAUAGUUGAAACCCAAAUUGGAGCUGAUGUUGACCUACUUUACGAUUUUGUACAUUGCUGUUGGGAUUUUUUUCCCCUUGAAGACACAGACCUCAGGAGGAGGGGGACAUGCUUUUUUAUUCCUUUAAUUCCUUAGUCCCGUCAUCGCUUUGUUAGACCUGUCGUUCCGUCAUUUUCUCAGCCUGGGGAAGUGACAUCACUACUCUCGUUUCCCUAAAUCAAGGAACAUUUAGAAACCUUUCACACCUUUUACUCAGGGAUGGGGCUGGCAUAUGUGUGGUACACUGAUGUGACCAGAAGCAGCACUUUUACUGCUCUGGAGUAGGGAUGUACAAUGUUACGGACAAGUUUGGAUUUCCUGCAUCUCAUGAUUUAACUUUGUAGAUACCACGUAGAUUGCAAUACAAAAAGCAGCAGGCUCAGCGUGAACUGUAGCUGUUGGUUAUCUUGAAAAUUUGCUCUGUGCAGAGAUUUAUUUUACUUAAGUGUGUUGCCAAUAUUAAAAAGGAAACAGUGAAAUUGUGUUAAUACUUGUAACUGCUAAAAAAAAAAAAAAAAGGCCUGUAUCAAGGAGAACAAAUCCUCAAUAUUUUAAAACACUAAUAGUGUUAUUUCGAAGAGGUGUUCCUGGCACAGUUCUAUGUACUCUGGGGCCCAGUUCUGCAAACACUUAUACACGUGCUCAGGGAAGGUCUGAGCUGGCCGACUGGAGGCAGCCGGGCUGCUCGGGAGCUUGCUGUGAAGUACCUGUAUAAAUCUUUGUGAAAUUGAAGCCUGGAUGAGUUAGGGCCAGAUGCUGACCUUCAUCAGGCAGCUGCAAAUUCUUGGGCUCAGUCCAGCUUCACCAGGGUGGACUGCCCUGAGGGGGCAGGAGGCGAGGAGGGGGGAUUUGGCCUGUUGAAGCACUUCUGCUAUCCUGUGAACUCAAAACUUGCAAAACAGGACACGCACUCUUAGAAAUAAUUUCUUCCCUCCCUGUCAGCACAGGUAACAGCAGAGUCCACUUUGGGCUCUGACCAAGUGCCGAUGUGAGAAGCAGGGGGAGCUGACCUAUUUGCAGAGUGCAGUCAGGAAUUUUCUUUUCUGUGGCUUAUCCACGUCCCCCCCACCCCUUCCCCCCAAAUCUGGAAAUAGAAAAAUGAGAAUUUGUUGAUACAGAUAUGCAUACGUGCACACACACCCAGAUAGAAGCGAAAAAAUAUGUGUGAAUUUUUUUAAGCAUAUGGAUAUAUGUCCACUUGAUUUCCUGUCCUGAGGACAGUGUUGUGUUUUGUGUCGAUAGGGAAAUUCCAAACAAGUUGCACACCUCUACUCCAGAGUUGAAUUUCUUUUACAUAGAAGACCUCGCUUCAGAUGUGUUACCUUUACUGAUAGGAUCUUUUCUUGUAGCACUAUACCUUGUGGGAAUAUUUUUUGAUGUAAACCUAAUUUGAGAAGCUUAUUAAAAAUAGAAACUUUUUUUGAAGCACUCACAUUGAGGAGUACAGGUAAUGUUUUAAAAAAUUGCACAAAAGAAAAAUGAAUGUUGGAAUGAUUCAUUCAGUGUUUGAAAAAGAGAUGGCUCUGUUUGAACAGUGAGUUUCAUACCUUGUUUGUAAAAAAAAAAAAAAAGGUUUUUAAAUACAAAAGCAGAGAAAGGUUGAAAGUUACAUGUUUUUUGUAUAUAGAAAUUGUCAUGUCUAGAUGAUCUGAUUUGUAUUGGCUUUGGCCAGGAAGAAUUAUUACUUAAAAGGCUCUUAAAGAACAACUGUGCUUAAUUUUCUGUUCGUAUUACAUGGGUCCCAUUUCUGGGGAAUGGAGUCAUGCUUCACACUGUUUAUUCCUGUGCUGAAAAUAUACCUUGGAGCAGCAAUUCUCAAGUGCAGCUACCAGGCGCUUCAAAGGGUGGCUACUGUGUGAAACUACAGUCUGACUCCGCUGCUGUGUUUCGGCGUUAAGUCUCCCCCACCUGCCCCAAGGGAGCCCUGACUCCCUGCCUGCCCCUUGGCAAUAGGGCCGGUGGGCAAGGCCAGUUUCGGGGCAGGCCGCGGCGAUGGCCGGGCCCUGCUGGGGCAGGCACAGCCGCAGCGGUGUUGGGUCGAGAGCUGCUGCCGGAUGAGGGUGUCCUGCCUGGUCCCCACCUGGAGCCUUUCGCUCUGUUUUUUCCUCUCCGUGGGAUGCUGUUCCACGUUUUUUCAGCACUUCCUGUUCCAAAAGAAACCCAAAGAAUAUAAUCCUGAACAAGAAGUGUUUGUAACAAGGGAUCCUAGCCUACUGCUAAGAACAGAGUAAUACCCAAGGCAACAUGGCCUUUUCCCCCUUUUAGCGCCCCCCCCCCCCCCCCAACACACAUCUUUAAGAGCUGCUGGGGAGCGGCUACACAAAGCAUGUUUCCAGGGAUGGUGUUGACUGAUGGAGCGACUGGUGUUACUCAGAAGCCAAAAGGAGAGGAUCCUGGAUUUCAGAGGAAAGGGUCUUUUUCUUGUCCAAAGAUUGAGCUGGGCAGCCGGGAGCCAGCAGCAGGGAAAAGCAGGUGAAGUUUCAGACUCCUCCUGUCCCUCUCUGAGCCGGUGACCAAGCUUCAGCUCUCACCACCACGCAGGGCAAAAAUAAUCACCAUGUCCAAAUGACCCCUGGGCACUCAGAAAAAUGGCCCCAAUUGUAUUACAAGGAAGUGCAUUCAGCCAAUAGGUAGUAGUUAUACAAUAACAGUCUCUAAGAUUUCUGUAGUUUUUCUUGUCGUUAUCUGAAAGGACUCAAGUCUUCCACUGAGGAUUUAUGGAGGCUUCAUCCAAGGUUGUUUCUUUUUUGUUUGCUUCUAUUUUGAGCGGUCAAAGCUCCUGUGCCCUUUCCCUCGACCAUGCAGUAGGUAUGCAUUGGAAGUGUUGUUUGCAGUAACCGUUAGUCACUUGUUGAAGCUGUUGUUGCUGUACUACUGGAUUGCUGAUGAGCAAAAACUUCAGGGCCCAGAUCCUCAGCGGGCUUGGAGUCGGUGUGGGACCAUUGGCCUCCAGGUCAGUGCUGCUCUGCCACUUAACACCAGCUGAAGAUGUGAUCCCUCCCUGCUGUUUGCUUUCAAAAUCAAGGACCCAAUUAUGCUCCCUCUAAACAUGCUCUGCAGGACUCCUGCCCAAGUCAGUAGGUGUUGGAUCUGUGUAGCUGAGGACACGCAUGGGCCAAGAGUGCAGGUGGCUAAAUUUAUGUCUUUUGUCUGGCCAUUGCACUGGCCUCUUAGCAAAGUUAUUAAUCUGUUAAGGCAUAGAGACAACUUUUCACGACAGUCAGCUAAUGUUGAAACUCACUAAUGUAUGUAUUUGCUUUUUUUUUUUUUUGAAUAAUAUAUUAACUAGUUGAACACUGUUCUUUUCACAGUGUUAAGGGGGGGGGGGAAUUUCCCAACCUUUUUCAGUUCAGGUGAGCUACUGAAAAUCAUUUUGUACUAGCUAUGUCACCAUUCCUGACAGCCAGCAGGCUUGAACUGGCUUUCUCGUAAAGGCACUUGAAGAAAGGCCUUGGCGAGGUAGGUUUAGUCAUUCUACAGCAGUAGUUUUUAAGGUCUUUUUUUAUUGUUCGGUAUUACUAAUGAAUGAGGGUUGUUGCAAAUCACACUUCCAGUGUAGUUCCUAGUGUAGGCCCAGUAAAAGGGAUACUGCAGCUUUGUGUUGGGGAGAAAUUGAGCUGACAUGGCCAGUACAAAGGAGAAAUAGGGAGGGAAUAACGUUUUGCACCUUAUUGAAAAGAGGAGAAAAUUUUAAGUGCAUACAGACAUAGUUAAGAGCUUUUAUUGUGACAGGAGAACUUUUUUCCAUAUGCGUGCAUACUCUCUGUAAUUCCAGUGUAAAAUAUUGUACUUGCACUAGCUUUUUUAAAACAAAUAUUAAAAAAAAUGGAAGAAUUCAUAUUCUAUUUUCUAAUGGUGGUGUGUCUAUUUGUAGGAUACACUCGCGUCUGUUUAUUGAAUUUUAUGGUCCCUUUCUUUGAUGGUGCUUGCAGGUUUUCUAGGUAGAAAUUAUUUCAUUAUUAUAAUAAAACAAUGUUUGAUUCAAAAUUUGAACAAAAUUGUUUUAAAGAAAUUGUCUGUAUACCAGUACAAGUUUAUUGUUUCAGUAUACUCGUACUAAUAAAAUAACAGUGCCAAUUGCAAA